AUGUCUGGUAAUAAUUCUACGGGAGGAUCUGGGGUCGCUCAUGAAUGGAUUUUUAUCGAUGAGUCGGAAAUCGCCACAUCACCAGCACAAACCCUUCGUUCUCCCGUUCCUAAUCCAAAUUUGCCAGUUGACGUACCAUUUCCACCUAAUAUAAACCCAGCGGAUCUUAUUAGAAGGAAUAGGAAUGGGGACCUUCUUUCUAGGGCCACAAAUAAAUUUUUAAUUUAUCGAAAUGAAUAUGCAAAAGAAUUACAAAAUCAAGGAUUUAGGCUUUCCAUGAGGGAGGUAUCUAGAAUGGCCGCUAAAGCCUGGAAGCGAGAACCACAACACGUUAAGCGCAAGUAUGAAGACAUCGCAAGAGAGGUGGAAAGGAUACAUGUUCAGUUAUCCAUGUCGUCUUCAUCAGGAUGGGAAAGGCGAAGACCUUGUUACAAUCGAACGUCAAGCGAACAAGAAUUUUUCCCAAUCCAUAAUCAGAUGGAAGAUAACUGCGUUAUGAUGACGGUACCUCAGUCAAUACCGCAAUACUCUCCGUAUAUACCUUUCGCGUCAACGAUUCCUUACACACCAACCGUUAGAACGGUUCCAUCUCAUAGGUACUCUCCAAUACCUUCUCCUGUGGAUUCAAGGCAACUUUACCUUGUUAAUAACUGCGGAACUUCUCCAUUCGAUUAUUUCCAAUACGACCUUUAUAACGAACCACUUUCACUUCCAAUUGAAACCACCCCAUCCUUGUCACCAAAUUUUGAGAUCCCAUUCGGAUUUUCAUCCGAUGCGGAUUCUUUAAAUGAUUCAUUAGGAAGCUCUCCCGAAGCUUUUGAUUUUUCGUGA